AUGACAGCCGAAGCGUCGCAAGCAACGCCCGCGCCGUCCUUCCAAGACUCGUCGAAUUCGCCGACGAUCCCUCAAGAUUCAACGACCGAGAAAGCGGAGGAAACGGGUCGUUCGAUAUUUCGGAAGUUCUCCAUUUCUCUCGGAGGUCGGAAAAAUUCGACGAAGUCGCUAGAGGUUUCCGAAGGUAAAACUGAGAGUGUGCUCGGAAGUAUUUCAUCGUCUUCGUCCGCCCCGACUGACGCAGGAAACGAUGCUCCUCCUGACGAAAAACGAAAGCCCCUAUCCGAGGGAUCAGCAAAACAAUCGAAAAACGCUGCAGAGCCCGAGGUGUACUUGAAGUCCGGGGACUAUCAAGAAGGAGAUAGUUCCGCCGUGCUCGACUUCGAGACAGCUGCAGCAACGUCCACGCCGAUUGGACCCAAUUCUGUCGCAGACGACUCAAGAGAUUCGGCAUCGGGGGGUGACGUGAUUCAGAACGAGGCUAAAGGGGCAAGAAGAAAAUCAUCGACGACCUCAACAGCAUCCUCGGGGAAAAACAGUAGAGACAAGACGACUGCACCUCUGGGGGAUCAUGUGAACAACAACGAGAACAAAACUUCCGACGACGGCGACGAUCCGAAAAACGGCCGACAUAAUGAACAAUCUGACAGCGCCGAAAACAACGCGUUGAGUGUCGGCAAAAGCGCCGCCAACAGCAACACCAACAAUAACAACAACACCACCGACGUCAGAAAAGAUUCGACGACAUUCAGCGGAGCGCCGAGGGGCAAACGAACCGGGCGAAAGUUGAGCGACUUAAAGGCGGUGCAAAAAAAGGGCGAAACUCUUCUGCACAGGAAAAAUAACUCGAGGGGGCGCUUCAAGGGGGGACCCACGAGGAGCCAGGAGCAACGGGUGGGGCUGACUUCGGAGGAAGAACGAGAAACGGACACGUUCCGAGAAACUUUCGACGACAUCCAUGAGACGAGUGUGGUCGACCUUCGCGCAGCAGCUUUUUUGAAUCGCAGCGCGCCCGACCUCAACUCGGCAGGUGGUGAUAGUAGUCAGUUUCAGUCUUAUUCUGAGAGCAGAAAGCUUAAUAAUACUGCGGGCACGUUGGGCGUUGCACGCAGCCGAUUCGGUCAUUCGUUACAUGACCUGAACGGCGAAAGCGUCGCAAGCCACAGUCAGCGUCGGAGUAAGUAUCGAAGUCAUGACCUUGAUGACGUUCAUGUAGACGUUGCAGCGUUGAGCGGAGGUAAGUCGAGCACGCGUCGCCGAGUCAUCCUAAAAAAAUCAAACCUAUCGACUCGUACUCGACAUAAAUCGAGCACGACAGUGGAAACCGCCGCAGUGUCCCUCAUCGACGCGUCGGGUGAGAACGUCCACUUCAGCGAAGAACAAAUCGACAGAAAAUUCGAACGGAUUUCGAGCGGCGCAUCCGCGUCGGAACGUGCCGUUUCGAGAAGCUCGAUGUCGCUCUCAAUCGCGGUGUCCGUCAAGGAGAUCGAGGACAUCACAACGCAAACCAACGCGUCGGGCGACGAUGGUUUUGAUUCGAAAAACGCGCCUGCUGCGUCAGCGUCAGCGGCGGCGGCGAAAUCUUCGAAUAAAUCGAUGGAGGAGGACGACGACGAUCUCGAGACCACGGCCGACAAGGAAAACAGCAACCGCUCGGGAAAUUCUGAGGAGCGCGUGACGAGUUCGGAAUCCAUCGAUAACGAGAGGAUGCGUGCCGUUAUCAGUCCGGGUGCCUCCGUCCCGAUUCUCGAUAGUGAAGGCAACGAGGUCGGUGACAUCGAAGUCGGAGUUGCCAACUCCGUGGAGGAAAUGCUCUCCACGGUUAAUGCGGUUACGAGCGCCGUUUCCGAUAGCGUGAACACGGUCUCACGACGAAUCGGGGCCGAGGAACAGAACGCCAACAAAAUAUCGGAGAUCGCAGCCGACGGAACCCAGUCGUCGAAACAGACCGCUAUCGACGACGACAAUGUCGGGACCGAAACUCCCAGCACAGAUAUCGUGGGGCUGGGGAACUACGAGAGUGACGUCACGACGCCGGGUCUCGAGCAGACAAUCGAAGUCAGCGUUGAAUCCACUCCCGAAAACAAAUUCAACGACGAGGAAGGCGGCGAAACAAAGGACGAGGAAUCCACUGAGGAAUCCGAAUUUCUAUUGAGCGCGAUCUCUGAGAGAGGAGAAAGCGCUUUGCCAACAUCCGAUGAUCUCGACACGGAAAUCGAGAACCGUGGACUGGGCCAAACGGAUCAUCAUGAACACCCGGGCGAUGAAGAUGACGACGAUCGAGUCGAAGACUCCGGAGUGGUUUUCAUCGAUAACGGCCAAACAGUCUCGACGCAAUCCGCGACGACCACGUCCGCUUCUCCGAGUCCAUCCGCCGUGGCGCAGAGAGGUUCAGCCACCACGGUCAGAACCCCGAGAGGAGAAUCCGAGUUGAGGAAUACUUCGGCCUCAAGCCAAAAGACGCCCAUACCGGCGGAGAGGAGGACUUCGUCAGCUGCUAGCGGACCAGCAAGUCCGAGAGCUUCGCGAAAUUCCUCCGCUCGGGAGAGCCCGCGAUCCGGGAGAUUUUCCGCAGCGUCCUCCGCGAGAGAUUCGAAGUCGUCGUCCGCGAGCUCGACGAAGCCAGGGCCACCCCCAGUCGCCAAAGACGAGAAACAGGACUCGAAGAGCGGAACACCGCAGACGUUGGCGGGCGGGCGAACUCGAACAGUCACUCCCGCCGACACGAAGCCCUCCUCGACAAAGAGCCCCCCUCUACCGAAAAAACGGAAUUCUGUGCAAUCAGAGAAUUCCGGGAGUGGUAAGAGCGACACAUCCCGUGGAGCAGCGGGAACUUCACAGCCGAAACCUCGCUCUGGAGAAAGCACCGCGGGUUCAAACAAGAGGUCGCCCCCCAAUAGGAAUUCCCGACGUGGUUCGAAAGAAAACCUGCCUGCCGAUACCCGGGAUGGCGAUCUCUCUCAGGACGUUGCCAAGCAGCCGGUCGGCGGAAGCUCCCAACCACCCCCAGCGAUCACUCCGAGAGCUUCGAAAGCAACGUCUCCGAAAGGUUCGAAGUCGACGUCGCCGAAAGGGUCAAAGUCGACGUCUCCGAAAGGGUCGAAGUCGAACUCAACGAAAACAUCGAGGACCAGCUCGCUUGAGUCCAGGGGCUCGUCCUCGUCGAGACCAACGUCGGCGAAGGCAAGGACGAGUGCCGGGUCUGGGAUUGCCCGCGAAGGCACUUACGUAAAACAAGCGGACGACAAUCGAACCACUCCAUCAGAGCUCAUAGAGUCGGCGAGAAUCAUCGUCGAGGAAACCGUUGAACGAGCCGCGAGGUCGCUCAGUGCUUCGCUCCAUUCGGCGAGUAUGUCCAGAGAGGAUAGUAAGUCAUUAACGACUUCGGAGGACGUCGUAACGGUCGUCGAGGCGGCCGGCAGGACGGAUUCGAGGCUUUCGAAUGACACCGUGAUUAUCGAGAAAGGAGACGACCUUGUCGUCGCCGGGGAUCGGCACGCCGUUGACACGAUUGCGUCAGAGGAUGUCGGAAUCCCCGCGGCAAACACGCACCCGGUCCCACGAACCGACGAGCCACUAGAGAGGGAUCGAACGAAAGGAGACUCGACCAGUAAAAUGAUCCACGCAAAAAACGCGAGGAACGGUGCCGAUGGCCUCGGUGAGGCAAGAAGGGAACGUCGAAAUGCCGAAGCCCCAAAGCAAACUCGCAUCGCUGCCAACGCUGACUCAGUUCAGAGCGUAGACGAAACAGAUUCGACAGGUCUGCGAACUCCAGACUCGAAAACGACGACGCUGGAUGAUUCAAUGUCUCUUCCGAACGACUCAGGUCAUGCCACCGAGGAGGACCGCGGUAGCUCUCCUGAUAUUCGAGGUAGCGAUAUUAUAGCUGCUAUCGCCAGCGAUCCCCACAGCGACUCCGCCUCAAGCAAAAAAUCAACGCGAACUGUAAAACGCGCCCCCAGAACGCUCACAUCUCAAGCUCCUGUCGCGGUCCCCAUCCCAAAAGCCACUACCCGCAGCACUCGCAAAUCUCCCGCCCGAAGCCGUCGCAAUAAAUCCCCUCCUCCGCCAGAAAAGUACCUGAACCGUCUGAAGCGAUCGAAGUCUGAAGGGGUCGCACUUCACAAGCUCCAAACGCAGAGCGGCGACCAGACCGGAAGUCGCGUGAACUCGCGAGCCUCCGAGGGCGGCGAGGGUCGGCUAAGCCGUCUGCAGUCGAAAUCUGUCGCCGAAAUUGAGCAACAACGUCACGAAGAGAUGGAGAAGCUUCGCGCUAAACUCGACACACUCCGUUCCGAACGACAAGAAUGCGAAGUGCAGAAAGAGGAAAUGGUCAAACACGUGAGGAGUCUGCACGCCAAGCUAAUCCAGGAGAAGGAAGCAGUCCAUGAAUUGUGGAGGAAGCGGUAUCUGGAGGAGAAGAAAUUGACCCCGAAGAUCGAGGAAGAGAGCGCCAAAUGGAGACUAGAGCUUGAGAGGAUCCAUAAGGAUAUGAUCACGAAGGUUGAGGGACGAGACCCCAACGACGCAAAAUCACCGUUUUCGCGGCUGGAGGAACCCUCGAACAAGGUGUCCUACAAAAUUAUGGUUGCGAGGUUGCUGCAGGAAAUUGAAGAUUUGAAACGGAGACUAGAAACCACCAAACUCAGGCUGGGAGCUGAGGCCAAGCUGAGAGCAAUGGCUGAAAAAGACGUUCGCACGCUUCGGGAAGAUCUCAUCCAGAAGAAAAUUCAGGUGACCUUAACGAGAAAGGAAACUGAUUCUGUCAUCGCCCCCUUCUAUCGAGACACAAUUUAUUCCCUACAUCCUCUGAUGUGA